CAGGCCACCGCAUGGGUGAACUUCUUCUUCUGGUUCUUGAUGUCCUUCCUGCUCUUCGUGGAAUGCAUCCGCAAAGCCCCCUACCAGCCCGUGGAGGACCGCAACCCCCAGCCCAACUUGACAGUGCCCGCCACUGGCGACCCCUCUCCUUGAGGGACGAAGGAAGGAGGCGCCACGACGGCUCCCUCCAUUCGGACAGUCUUGUUGCCACCUUCUUCUCGGGGGUAGCAGAGAGGACCAUCUAACCUGCUUUGACAAGAGACUGGUCUCGUCUCCCAUGGGUUAUCCAGAGGUCACAACUGGAGCCCCUCUGGAAUUGCGUGUCCUGCAGCUUUCCCCCCCAUCCUCAACCCAGUCAGGUUCUCCUGAAGGUCACUAUGGAAUGGAGGGUUCCCCAUCACACAAGGCCACAACACACAACGAGGACAGCCUGGCAAUGUAAGCUCUUCUAGGUUGAGUGAAUGGUGUUGAAUGUGUUGCGUCAACGUGCCCCACUUCAUUGGCAAACCCACAGGUUGAUAUUUUGUGUACCACAAGCGCCAUCAGGGCUCCUCCUGAUGAUGCCCACCUCCAUAGUGGACAGGGUAACGGUGUUGAGUUAAGCCAAGGGAUUCCUCCGCUAAAAAUCUCCACUCUCCCAUCAUGGACCUUCUUCACUAGUGACGUGGGGGCUAUGCCACCCCCACACCUGGUGGUUGGUGUGGAGAAGAACCGCAGGAAAAUCAAUCCCAUUCUCGGCUUCUGGGGGAACCUUUGUCGUCAAACCCUUACCUCAUUGGGGGAAGAAAGUGGGGUGGAUUAAUU